UAACCACCCGCAAAGAUGGCCGCUCCGGCUUCAGGGCCUCUUCCGCGCCUGCGCGCAGCCGGGAGGUUUUCGCGGCGUGGUGCGGCCGCGGCUUACGAUCGGCUUGGGGAAGUUGUGCUUGGGGGGGAGGCGCCUGCGAUGGGCUCGCGCCGGGUCCGCGCUCUGCACCUGGCCUUCCUCCAGCAGCGGGUGCAGGCUCCCCGUCUGGGCGCCCGGAGGUGGCUCAGCGCCCGCCCGGCCCACGCGCCCAGGAUGGAGUACCAGGAUGCCAUUCGGACUCUGAAUACGCUCCAGACAAACGCCAGCUACCUGGAACAAGUGAAACGGGAGCGAGGAGACCCCCAGGCACAGCUGGAAGCCAUGAAAGGUUUUUUGGAACGAAGUGGAUUGAAGGUCGAAGACCUGGAUCAACUGAACAUCAUUCACGUCACUGGGACGAAGGGCAAGGGCUCAGCAUGUGCCUUCACAGAACGCAUUCUUCGCAACUAUGGCUUAAAGACUGGUUUCUACAGUUCUCCACAUCUGGUUCAAGUACGCGAGAGGAUCCGGAUUAAUGGGCAGCCCAUCAGCAAGGAGCUGUUCAGCAAGUACUUCUGGCAGGUGUAUAAUCGGUUGGAGGAGAGCAAGGUUUCUGAACAUCCAGCCAUGCCUGCCUACUUCCGUUUCCUCACCAUCAUGGCUUUCCAUGUCUUCUUGCAGGAAAAGGUAGACCUAGCAGUCAUGGAAGUUGGCAUUGGUGGUGCAUAUGACUGCACCAAUAUUAUCAGGAAACCGGUUGUGUGUGGGGUUUCCUCUCUGGGUAUCGACCACACCAGCAUCUUGGGUGACACCAUUGAGAAGAUUGCCUGGCAGAAGGGAGGCAUCUUCAAGCCUGGAGUGCCGGCAUUCACUGUUCCUCAGCCAGAGCGGCCCUUAGAUGUCCUGAGAGAGAGAGCUGAGAAGAGUUCGUGCCAGCUGUACCUGUGCCCAGACCUGGAUGCCUUCGAAGAGGAUGGGAAGCCUCUUCCACUGGGAUUGGCGGGUGACCACCAGCGCUCCAACGCUGCCUUGGCCCUCCAGCUCUCUCACACGUGGCUUGGACAGCAGGGGUAUCUGGAUAUUGGUGAGCUGAAGGCCCCCUGGUUGAGCUCAGAGCUGCCGGCAAAGAGAUCUCCACCAUUGGCCCCUGUCUUCAAGCCAGGAGAAGCCAUGCUGCAAGGGCUACAGGAAGCCGUGUGGCUUGGUCGAAACCAGGUGCUGCACCACGGUCCUGUGACGUGGUACAUCGAUGGGGCCCACACCACCAGCAGUAUACAGGCCUGCGUCCGCUGGUUUCGCAAAGCUGCCCUGAAUGAGGAGAAGCCUGCAGACGGUUCUGAAGUCCGGGUGCUCCUCUUCAACGUGACAGGCGAUCGUGAUACUGCCGCUCUGCUUAAGCUGCUGCUGCCUUGCCAGUUUGACUAUGCCGUUUUCUGCCCCAAUUUCACCGAAGUGUCCACCGUGGGAAAUGCAGAUCAGCAGAACUUCAAUGUCACCCUGGAGAAUGUCCUGACCCGUUGCCUGCAGAACCAGAGCCACUGGAACCGCCUGAUGGAGGCGAAAGAGGGCACGGACCCCUGGCUGUCUGCCUCGCCAGAAGUGGAAGGGGUGGCUGGGUGGCUGAAGCAGGCCCCCCUGCACGGCCCCCAGCUCUUCUUCCCACCCUCAGCACGCCCACUCAACGCCAACUCCUUAGUCUUCCCUUGCAUUUCCAAGGCCUUGCAGUGGAUCACCCAAGGCAGGGACCCUCACUUCCAGCCUCCAGCAUCCCGGGGGCUCCACCCUCACCCCGCAGCCAGCAGCGGGGCUGUCUUGCUCAAGGAAGCGGCCACCAUCCAGGUCCUGGUGACGGGGAGCUUGCACCUGGUGGGCGGUGUCUUAAAGCUGCUCAACCCAUCUCUUUCGGAGUAGAGGGUGCUGUUGGACACCCCUCUCUUGAGGCCCGGGUUUGCUGCCUACUUGAAAUGUCAUUGGGAAGCUGGAUCAUGCCUUCACACUGAUUUCACUGCAGCAUGCAGAUGGCGGGCUGCAUCCUGAGUCCAUGGAACCUCUAAUUCCUCCUUAAAAAAUUUUCCCUGAGGGACAUGGCUCGACACCUGAACAAUAUGGAAUCCUCCUGGUCAGACAUGCUAUGCAAAGAAGAUUCUAGAUGCCAGAAUUCCCUCCCACCCCAGCACUGAAGUUCUACAGGUGGGGGAAAUGGCCACCAGCCCACCACCCAGAGAAAGAGAUUCCCCUGCCUUCUCCCCAAUUUGGAAAUCUUCCUCUCUUCCCUCACCCCCUGCUUGCUUCUUUGUGUGUGGCUGCGGCAGACGAAGCCCCCAUCCACUACAAAGCAGAGCUCGCCCACCUGCCCCCAGCCACCAUCCUGGGCCAAGCACAGUGUGAGUUCUCACUGGUUUGCUGGCUCUUUGUUGUCAUCUCUACUGGUCUGACCAAGUCAAAUGCAUGGCUGGUAGCCUUUGACUGAUGACUCUUGCAAUGUGCCUUUGGAAAAGAAUCUUACUGCUAGCCUCUUUCCUUCACCACCUCAUCAUCUCUCCUUCUGGAGUACUGGGUAUCAACUGAGCAUUUUGGUACGGUUUUAAAACACUGUGUUGGUUUUUUUCGGUUCCAAACAAUUCCUCUUGAGCGAGGAACUCCUGACCUUGCUGUUGGCUUCUGAGAAAGCCAUUCAGUGUCCCCCGGAGAGCAGGCUGUGAGGCCCAAGUGAUUGACUUGUGCAGAGUUAGGUGCAUCUGCACAUCACAACCCCAAAUCCUGGUCCAUAGGGGAGGCUACCCUGACCCAUGCAGUUGAUGUUGGCAGUUAAGGGGCUGGGGAUCAUGAGAUGGCCAGAGAUGGCUUCCCAGAGGGUGUGCUGGAGAGACAAGUGCCUGUCUCUUUGGAGUGGAGUGGGAAGAGAGCAUCCACUGUGCUCCUGUGUGUGUGCUGUCCAGUCACAAAGUGCAGAGCAAUGACUGCCUGACGACUUGACGGAGCAACCUUUUUCUUCAUCAUCUUUUUAAAAUACACCUCUUGGAGAGCAGGGCUAAGUGUAUGAAAUGAGAGGUUUUAUGCUGUGAACGCUGCAAGCCAUUUACUGUUGCUUGGUUUCAGAGGCACAGCUGCAGUCUUUGUGCUUUCUCUGGUUGCACUGGAAAGGGAGCAGAGUGGGGGCCUUUUGGCUCUCCUGGUGCUGGUUGGAUUCCCAGCCUUCAUCCGCUCCACCCUGCACGCCCAGUGGCUCAGGGAUGCUGGCAUUUGUAGUCUAGCAACAAUUGGAGGACCACUUUCCACCUGCCAUCAAAUUGCACACAGCGAACAAAAAAGGAAAGGCCCAGAAUUUUUUUCUGGGGGGUGGGGCACUGGACUCCAUUGUGUGCAAAGCAGUUUCAGGGAGGGGGGCACUGCUUCAUGCAGACUUUGACUUCAAAAAUAAUAAUAUUUGAUUCAUAUUUUAAAAUCUUUGGGUUGUACCACCCUUGAAUAUUCAGAGAGAAGUUUUCCACCUUCUCCCUGAUGUCUUCGCUUUCCUUGCAUGGGAAUGCUUUCGAUGGAGGCCUUUCAGUCAAGCCCCUCCUGCAUUCCUGAGUCUUAUGAUCUGGCUGCAGGUCCUGUCCCUUGCUGGCUGGCUGGAUGGAUAUGCACAUCUGUUUGGAAUCUGCUUGAUUUUGACAUCUGCCUGCAGGGCGAGAAUAAAUAUGCCACUGGGAAACUCUUGGGGUGGUAGCAGAAGAGGGGAAACACAAAACAGACUUCUCAGGGUGGCAGUGGGGGCUCUUCCAAAAUGGUUACUCUCUGCUUGCGAUACGAAACAAACGAGUUAUAUUCAACAUUAGUCCUACUUAAAGUAGACUUGUUGAAAUUAAUGGGCAUAACUAUCUAUCCAACCCCUGGGAACUAGCAAUAAUCCUCCAGAUUUUUGCUAGCGGAUCCCUCUGGAGAACAUCCCCACCUUUUGAUGUUAACAUUCAUGCAUUGUCUCUGUGUCCCCACCCCUGCUCUCGUGGAGCCAGAUAUGCAGCAGAAAGCACCACCUGCUAGAGUUGCAGGAGCUGGGUACGAGAUUUAUUUGUCCUGAUUUUGUCCAUGGUACUGCACUUCAGAGUUCUUAGAGCAUUUCCCCCUGGUGGUUCUUGUUGUCCGGGAUCCACUCAGCCAAUACAACGGGUCCAGUGCCAUGAGCAGCAGGUUUGGGGCAUCUGUCCUGAGCAGCGUGAUCUGCUCACUGCCCACAUCCUUUGUUAAUUUACGACCAAACAAGUCUCUUCCCUCCUUUUAGCUGUGUGCGUUCUAGAAAGACUCAAAACUAGUUCUAACCGAAAUUCAACCUGGUUCUGAAUUCUUGUUGAAGGUGGUGGUCCAGUAAUCUCUCAACCUUCAUAGAGCACGUUACAGAUAGUGAUCACCUGCUUUUUUAGUUAUUGUACUACUUCCCAAUACAAACACAGAGAGCUUUCCACCCCUCUUCCCCAACCCCACCUAAAGGGGGAGGAAACUUAAAUGGAUAGUUCAUAAGAAACACUUCUCUUUUAAAACUGGAUUCCCCCCCCCCCCUGAUUUCAUUUUAAAUCUUGUAACUGUUUUUCAAGUUUCUUGACUUGUUUGUUCCUUUAUAAAAACAAAAAAACCUGACUUUGUGUGUGUGUCUUGGAAUAAUAAAAAAUGUUGUUUCUGCCAGACAUAUGUCGAGUCAGGAACAGGUGCUUUGAAUAAAGAACUGACAUACUAGAA